AUGGGCAUUCCCGUGCCAACCCAGCCUAGAUGUUCAUCCCAGGUGGUGAUUUGGAGGAAGCCCCUGUCGGGCUGGGUCAAAUUAAACAUAGAUGUUUUGGCUAGGGGUAAUCUAGGUGCGGCUGGGGGAGGAGGAGUCGGCAGAGGUGAGAGGAGCAAGUUCCUCUUUGGGUUUCACACGGGCUAUGGCGUUGCCUCUAAUACUCGGGCAGAGCUCUGGACGAUUCACGAUGGCCUUCAGCAUUGCCUUCAUCUGGGGUACCCCAAUAUUCUUGUUGAAAUUAAUUCCCUCCUCGUCGUGAACUUCCUCUCAGGUGACGCUGUUCCCGGUUGGAAAUGGAAAGUUUGGAUAGAUAGAAUUAACAACCUCUCCAAGUGCAGAAAUGUAAAUUUUGUUCAUACUUUUAGAGAAGGUAACAGGCCAGUGAAUGCCUUGGCCAAAUUGGGGAACGAAUGUCAAAGGUCGUCUUUGUUUUUAGACCAUUUUGACCUCCCACUAAUGGUCAGAGGCCUCCUUUUCCUUGAUAGAUUGGCACUUGGCUCUGUGAGGAGGGGGACUUAA